CUCGACUUUCGCUUCCUCGCUCGAGUUCGUCUCUCACGGCAUCCCAAAAUACGACAAAAAUUUCUGCAGAAGCCUCGAAAAACUUGGCUCGAACUUACAAACGUCCACGUUUUUCAUCCGCAUCCGGUUACCUUUCGGGGGGGAAGCGCUGGACUCGAGCCGUGUUUCUUCGAAUUCAUAAUUGGAAUGCGUUUAGAUCAUAUCUAUUUACUGACGGUCUUCUUGGUUUACAGGACUACUCGAUGAAUCCUGGACGUAGGCCCUAGAAGAGUCCGUCAACUUCAACCGAAGCACAUUGUUGCCCUCGUUAUCCUCCAACUCGGCGGGUGAAGUUGCGAAUCAGAUGACCGACUUUCCAUCUUAAACAGCUGACCACCAACCUCCCAAUGACGCCAACUCUCUCACAUCCGUAGAAAUCCCCCUUCGCCCACCAUCAACUCAACGAAUGUCCACAAAACACCUCUACACCACCACCGAAAGCCUCGUCUCCAAAUCCCUCCAAGGUUCUGUCCACCUCAACCCUUCACUCCGAUUUCACGCUCCCUCGAAGUCUGUGUACUACGUACGCGAUCCACCACAUGGCACCAACAACGCCAACGAAGUAUCCGUAUCCGUAUCCGUCAUCUCAGGCGGUGGAGCAGGUCACGAACCAGCACACGCAGGAUAUACAGGUCGCGGAAUGUUAUCUGCUUCCAUAUCAGGCGAUAUCUUCGCUAGUCCUAGUGCGAAAGCGAUUGGAUGUACCAUUCGGUUGGCUGCUUUUGGUUCCCUCUCCCCCUCCUCCGUAUCUAGAGGAAAAGACGUGAUGGUGGUUAUCAACAACUAUACAGGCGAUAGACUCAACUUUGGUCUGGCUAUCGAGAAAGCGCGGGUCGAAUUGGGGUUGGAGCCUAGCUUCAACGUUAACGUUGCCAUUGACAGUGUGGUCGUUGCUGAUGACGUUUCCCUCCUGGGCCAUUCUGAAACGGCUGUAGUAGGCCCUAGAGGUCUAGCAGGGAAUAUCCUAGUCUGCAAGAUCCUUGGUGCGGCUGCAGAGAGGGGUCGUUCGUUGAGGGAGGUGAAGAUGUUGGGAGAUGCUGUGGUUGGGAAUCUUAGGAGUGUUGGGGUUGGGUUGGAUAGGUGUCAUGUUCCGGGACGUGGAGUUACCACACAGGGGGGAUACCAGCAUUUACGGGAAGACGAGUUGGAGGUUGGGUUAGGGCUGCAUAAUGAACCUGGGGUGGAGAGGAAGAGGGUUCCGGAGAGGGGAGAAGAAGUGGUGGAAGAAAUGGUUGGGAAGGUUUUGGAUACCGAUGGGGAUGGGGAUGGGGAUGGGGAUGGGGAUGGGGAUGUGUUUAUUAAACCUGACGAAGACUGUGUGGUGUUCAUCAACAACUUGGGUGGAAUGUCCCAGUUGGAGAUGGGAGCGGUGGUUAAGGAUGUGGUUGAUAUCCUCGGGAAACGCAACAUCAACCCGAAACGUAUCUUAUCCUCGUCAUACAUGACCUCUCUCAACGCUCCUGGAUUCUCCAUCUCCUUACUCAACGUCUCAAGAAUACACGAGACGGUGUUAGGCACUCUAGACGUAGAUGUCGUAUCUCUCAUUGACGAUCCGACGGAUGCGGUUGCUUGGGUAGGAGCAACUCGUCAGUUUAGGCGGUUCUUGCAGGAAGAACAAGCAGUCGAAGGCGAACAGCAAGAACAACCCAAAUUUAAAGAUGAAACACUAACAACGCCAUCCCUACGGAUACCCAACGCCUCCAAGGUACAAUCCGGAAUAACCCAAGCAUGUCGUGCUGUCCUAGCCUCAGAGGCCGAUAUGACCCGGUUUGACUCUGUUGUUGGAGAUGGAGAUUGUGGGGAGACGUUUGCGAGGGGAGCUCGAGCGAUUAUGGAUGCAGAUCUGAGGGUAUCCCAACUUACCUUACCAGGACUGAUCAAACGAAUCGGGGAUAUAUUGGAAGAUGCUAUGGGUGGAACGAUCGGUGCCCUCUUCGCGAUAUUCUUCACCGCUUGGUCUUCGUCUUCGUCUUCCUCUCUCGCCACGGACAAGCCUAUCAGAACACCAACGACUUCAACUUCCCUCCAAAAAGCGCUAACCUCCCUAUCUGCACAUACACCUGCGAAACCAGGAGAUCGGACAAUUAUGGAUGUUCUCGUUCCGUUUUGUUCUGCCCUCUCUUCAUCUUCAUCUUCAACUCGGGAAUGGGCAGAAGCGGUUAGGAAGGCUAGGGAAGGAGCGGAGAGUACGAGGGGGAUGAAGCCUAAACUAGGGAGAGCUGUUUAUGUUGGGGCUUCUGGGGCUGGGGCUGGGGCUGGGGCUGGGGGUGGGGGUGGGUUACCUCCAGACCCGGGAGCAUGGGGUGUUGCGGCGAUCUUGGAGGGGUUUUAUGAAGGGCACUGCGGGGAGAGCGUUUGA